UCGGAUGAGCAAGUACCUAGCUUGAGCAUGCAAAAAGCCUUGCCUGCGAGAGAGAGCAAAGAAGAUUCCAAACCUUCACCUAACCCUCCGGCCAACCUUAACAAAUCAUUUCCCGCUUUCCAUUCAAUCCCUUAAUGUCCACUCCCUUUCUCCGGCCGAUAUCAACCCGUGCAUAUUUGUUCCACUUCCUGGUGAUAAUAAACAUGAGAUGAGGGCCGGAGCCGGAGGGGUGAGGAUGGAGAGGCCGUCGGAUCAGCCGCUCCACCACGUCCAUGGCCAUGGGCACGGGAAGAAGAAGCCGAUGUCGAGGAUCAGGGAGGACGACGAGCACAAGAGCUCGUGGUGGGUGUGGGCGCUGGUGAUCCUGUGCACGCUGGUGGCCAUCGGCGUGAUCGUGGCGGGCGCCACGGUGUUCGCCGUGUACCUCCUGUACAAGCCCAAGAUGCCGUACAUGGUGGUGACCGGCGCGCAGCUGGGGCGCCUCGUGUACGGGCAGGACGGCGUGAUCCACGACCUGCAGGUGUCCAUCAACAUCCUGGCCAGGAACACCAACUCCAGGGCCGACGCGUCCUUCUCCCGCGUCAACAUCGCCGUGGGCUUCCACGGGGCCGACCUGGCCCGCCUCCAGGCCCGGCCCUUCAGGGUCGCCAGGGAGAGCGAGACCCCGCUGCCGUACGACGUGGUGAGCAAGGGCGCCGGCCUUGACCCCGCCGGGAUGCGGUCCAUGGACGAGGCGCUCAAGCGCCACGUGGUGCCGCUCGACCUCUUCGGCAAGGCCCGGACGCGGUGGAAGAUGGGCAUCUUCCUCAACCUCCAGUUCUGGACGCGCAUCUCCUGCCGCCUCCACUUCAACUUCCCCGGCAACGGCACCGCCUUGCCCAUCGACCGUGACAGCUGCCGCUCCAGGUCGCCGUAGCAGCUACGCAAUAGGCCAAUACUCCUCCGAUCCUUCUCUGCUCUCGGAGCUCUGCUCUGCUCUGCUCACAGAUUAUACUCUGCAAUUUAUUCUUGAUUCGUUUGUUCGUUCGUUCAUCGUAUCACAUGGAUACAUACGCAAUUCUUGUACAGCCAGACAUUGCUGAUAGUGUAGCGACAAGCCAACAACUGCUCAUUUAAUCCCAUCACGUUUCUAAUUCAUUUCUGCA